UCAAAGGCUCAUACCCUCUCCUCACUACUCUCUCUCUCAAAGCAGACUCUUGCUAUACAGCUGUAUUACUCUGUUUUUUCUUAAAAAAAUUUCAUUUUUUUAUGCCCAUCUCUUUCUCCUCUCAUACUCUCCUCAUGGAUGUGUUAGUGCUCCUUGUGUUCAUGUUUGCCACCAUUGGUGGUACAGAUGGUGCUUGGUGUGUUUGCAGGUCUGAUCAGAGCACCCCUGCACUCCAGAAGACACUGGACUAUGCUUGUGGAGCAGGGGCAGAUUGCAAUCCUAUCCUCCAAAAUGGGGCUUGUUACAACCCCAACACUGUGGUUGCCCACUGCUCCUAUGCUGCUAACAGCUACUACCAGAGGAAGGGCCAGGCUCAAGGGGCCUGUGACUUUGCUGGCACUGCCACUCUCACCUCACAAGAUCCAAGCACUACUGGCUGCUCCUAUCCAGCAACACCCAGUGCUGCAGGAACAGCAGGUACUCCAACCAGCACAAACAGCCCAGGCGGGACAUCAACAACACCCACCACCUUCAGCCCACCAGGCACUGGUGGUGUCCUCGGGCUGGGCCCCACCGGCACCACCACUGAUGGCACUGCCAGCGGCGCAGGAUUGCUCCGGCCUGCUAUCAUGCGCCGCAUCUUCUUCCUCCUCCUCUCUGCCCUCAUGGUUUAUUAUUAUUAGUCUAGAAGAAUCCUGACAGUAAAUCGCACCGCUAGUCCCUGGAACUUCUCCCCUAAGUUUCAUUUUCGUUCUCGAAAUUUUUUUUUAAGUUUAGAACAUGAACGUUAAACUUUUAACUGUUGUUAAAAUUUGGGAACCGAAUAGGAACUUAAAAGAGUAAAAUUUCAGGGACUGAUAGUGCAAUUUACACAGAAAAAUUCUUUCUAGGACUACUCAUUAAGAGAGAGAAAGAGGGAGGGCAUUUUUGAUGGUCAUGAAUGAAUGAAUGGAGAGGCAUGUGAUUACACAGAGAGUGAGUCAGUGAGUUGAGUGAUUGGGGGAUACAUCUGGAGACAUUCUCCCACUAAGGCUUUGUUGUUUAGUGGAAGGUGAAAAAGGGUUGUGGGGAGGGGCCGAGGGGGGGUGUUUUGAUUCCAUUUUGGUUGGGUGGUGUGUUGUUGUUGUUCACAUUGGGCAGGGUGGCUGUCUCUUUCUUGAUGGAUCGAGGGACCUUUUGCUUUUCUACUUUUUUUUUUUUUCUCGCCCCA